UCCCCGGUCACGUGUUCCCAUCACGACAGUGAGCAGUUAGGUUACGUCACACUAUUGUGUCACAUGUACCCGGAGUGGAGUUGUACUCAAGUUUUCAGAGAAUGCUCUCGGAGGGGAGUCGCACGUCAGAGCGGAAUGUCAGAAAUGUUCCCUUUUCAUUGGGAGAGAAAGCUGCAUUAUUCUGGGAUCAACAGCUUCGGCCACACGGAUAUAAGGCGUGAGCUCCACGUCUGACCCCACCAUACUUAUGCCUGGUGCUGGCAGACCUCCGCCAUCCUCCUUACACAGGCAUUGGACUUCAGACCUGGCAUGGACCCCUCACACAGGGAGAGUGCGCAGUUGUGUUCAGGCUCCUCCUAUGGACGGCCGUCCUCCGCUUGUCAAUGUCCACGGCUGCCGGCGAAGAAGAGAUGUUGUGAAGGACUCAAGAUAUUUCUGGCCGCCAUGUGCUUUGUCUACUUUGCCAAGGCAUUGUCUGGCAGUUAUCUGAAAAGUACUAUUACACAGAUUGAGAAGCGCUUUGAAAUCCCUUCCUCCCUGGUUGGCAUUAUUGACGGGAGCUUCGAGAUCGGAAACCUUCUGGUCAUUUUGCUGGUGAGCUACUUUGGAGCAAAACUUCACAGGCCAAAGCUGAUUGGGUGUGGCUGUCUGCUCAUGUCACUGGGAACAUUCCUAAUUGCGGUGCCACAAUUUAUUAUGGGUCGCUAUACAUAUGAGGGGACUCCAGUCCAUCCCUUCAAUUCUACUAUCGCUGUCCCUCCAUGUCUGCGAGAUUCUAAGGACCAAAAAUUAUAUUCAGAAAUUGAGAAAUCGCGCAUGAAUACUGACCAUAGGUGUGAUGGCGACCUUGCGAGCAACAUGUGGCUGUGUGUAUUGUUGGGGAACCUGUUACGUGGAGUGGGGGAGGCACCAAUACAACCCCUGGGAAUCUCUUACAUUGAUGACUAUGCCAGAGAGGAUGACGCAGCUUUCUAUAUUGGCUGUAUCCAGACAGCGGCUGUGAUCGGACCAAUAUUUGGGUUCCUUCUUGGAUCGCUCUGUGCAUCUUUAUUUGUAGACAUUGGAUUUGUGGAUUUAAAUCAGGUGCCAAUCACUCCUCAGGAUUCCCACUGGGUUGGCGCCUGGUGGCUUGGAUACUUAGUAGCCGGUUCCAUUAGUCUGUUCGCCACUAUACCAUUUUGGUUUUUACCAAAGGAGCAACCACGGCCUGACCUUCGUAAGAAUUCCAGUACGCCCUCUGAACAGUCCAAAUUCAUUCUAGAAGAUCUGAAAAAACCCAAAAAUGAGGGUCCCCUACUAAGAAUGAGCAAAGAUUUCUUGCCAUCCAUGAAGGACCUUCUGGGUAAUCCGGUGUUCUUCCUUUACCUGUGUGGCAGUGUCUUCCAGUUCAACUCUCUGGUUGGGAUGGUGACUUACAAACCAAAAUACAUUGAGCAGCAGUAUGGACAGACCUCCACCCAGACAAACUUUAUCAUUGGUCUCAUUAAUAUUCCGGCUGUGGCUCUCGGAAUCUUCUCUGGGGGGCUCAUCAUGAAGAAAUUCCGCAUUAAUAUUCUGGGAGCAGCAAAACUGUUACUAAUAUCUGCUGUGAUUGGAUAUUUGAUGUUAAUGACCUUGUUUUUGCUGGGCUGUGAGCGAUCCACAGUGGCUGGCCUGACUUUAUCCUAUGAGGGACCUGCACAGAUCCCCUCUCAGGAAAGCCCCAACUCACAAUGUAAUCUUCAGUGUUCGUGUCCGAAGAAUCACUGGGAUCCAGUUUGCGGAGAAAACGGGGUCACCUAUUACUCUGCAUGCUAUGCGGGCUGUCGAACGUCCAACAGGACUCGCAACACUGCUGUGUACUAUAACUGCAGUUGUGUGAUGCAGCCAUUAUUGGGCUUAAGUGGUGGCUCUGCCACAGCUGGUCCAUGCUCAAAAGGAAGACAUUGUUCUAGAAUGUUCCUGUAUUUUAUGGCGAUAUCUGUGGUCACAUCUUUCACGCUGUCUCUUGGAGGGACUCCUGGAUACAUCCUGCUAUUGAGAUGUAUUAAACCUGAGCUGAAGUCUCUGGCUCUGGGGAUCUACACAAUGGCCAUCAGGGUUCUCGCGGGGGUCCCAGCCCCCAUGUACCUUGGGGCCCUAAUUGACAGCACUUGCCUAAAGUGGGGGAGCCGGAGCUGCAAUAGGAGAGGUUUCUGCCGCCUUUACAACACUGACCGCUUCCGGUUCAUCUAUCUGGGGAUGACAGUGGCGCUGGGUUCUGGCUUCAUCUUCUUCUGUUCUGUCAUACUCUUCAUGCUGCGGAAACGAUGCCUGUCAGAGGAAAGCCACGCUCCCUGUGCAGGGUGUCAGAGCUUGGCCACGCCCACUACACUUGGCAGUAAUGGUCAUCUUUUCCAGCGUUCCUAUUGGGCACAGAAAGAGACUCGUCUGUAAUUCAGACAUGACAAAACCAAAACUCUGUACAUAAGAAAUCUGUAGACUAGUUGAAGCGGCUUGCCAAAGUCUAACUGACGAGGAAAUACAAACUUUAUACUAAACAAUGCUGGAAAAAAAAUCCCAACCCCAUUUUUAGUCGUUACAGCUGAUGAUACUCUUUAUACACAAAGGGGAGGCCGUGGCAGCAGCCCUGUAUCUGAAGGAUGAAAAAACAAUUGUUGUGGGAUAAAAUCCGAAAGAUAUGGAAAUAUACAGAACAUGGCACAAAAUAGGCCACUCCAUGGGACACUAGCCAAAGAUGACUGAUAUUUCACAGGAGGUUAUUUUCUAUAAAAUAAACCUGAACAAUCCCACCAAAAAA